AGUGAAAACAGUGGAUAGAAGAGGAAGGGUCAGGCCACCAGUCUGGCAGUAUUUCAGGGUAAAACAAAUCUUGUGUGGACUUUUUGAAUUGUAGAAGAACUGACAUGAAGGCUAAAUAAAUAAAUUCUUCCAUUAAUGUUUUGGUGAAUCAGAAAGUUCUGAGAAUUUCUCCAUCAUGUCUGAAGGACUCGUUAGAUGAAAAUUAUUUCCAACUUAAUCUCUUCCUGCCAAACUUGAGAGCUGGACGAAUCGUCCUCCAUAAAUGAAGACAGCAGAGAUGAAAGUAAAGCUGCGGGGCGGCCCUCGUGGCCGGGAUGCCGGUGUGUGCCGUGCCAGUCCACUGUGGACGGUGAGGGGUCAGAGGAGGCGACCGAGUGCCGGAGACUGAGAGGAAGCAGUUCCCACCAAACAGGAGAGAUGAACCUCUGCUGGAAUGAGAUCAAACGCAAGUCCCACAACAUUCGGGCACGGCUCGAAGCUUUCUCCGACAACAGCGGGAAGCUGCAGCUCUCUCUGCAGGAGAUCAUAGAAUGGCUGACAGCCAAGGACGAGGAGCUAUCGGAGCAGCUGCCCAUAGGAGGCGACGUUGGGGCCGUCCAGCACCAGAGAGAGUUCCACCAGGCGUUUAUGGAGGAUGUCAAGUCUCGCGGGCCCUUCAUCUACUCGGUUUUGGAGUCAGCCCAGGCCUUUCUGGCUCAGCACCCCUUCCAGGAGCCUGAGGAGACCCUGACCGAUGGAAAAGAGGUGUCUCCACGGCGACGGAUUUUGAACGUGAGCCGAUCUGUGUGGAAGCAGGCGAACGUGGCGAGUGACCUGUGGGAAAAACUGACCGCUCGCUGCGUGGAUCGCCACAGACACAUGGAGAGGACACUGGAGCGCCUUUUGCAGAUCCAGGCAGCCAUGGAGGAGCUGGCGGGGGCCCUGGAGCAGGCAGAGGGCGUGAGGGACGCCUGGGAGCCUGUUGGCGACCUCUUCAUCGACUCGCUGCAGGACCACAUUGACGCCACCAAGCUGUUCAAGGAGGAACUCUCGCAGGUGAAGGAGGGCAUGAAGCAGGUCAAUGAGUUGGCCCACCAGCUGGCAAUCUCUGAUGUCCAUUUGUCGAUGGAGAACGCCCGGGCCCUGGAGCAUCUCAACAGCAGAUGGAAAGUGCUUCAGGGCUCCAUUGAGGAGCGGCUGAAGCAGCUCCAGGAUGCACACAGAGACUUUGGCCCUGGAUCGCAACACUUCCUCUCCAGUUCGGUCCAGGUACCAUGGGAACGAGCCAUCUCCCCAAACAAAGUGCCCUACUACAUUAACCAUCAGGCCCAGACAACAUGCUGGGACCAUCCAAAGAUGACAGAGCUGUACCAGGCGCUGGCGGAUCUGAACAACAUCAAGUUCUCUGCAUACAGAACAGCUAUGAAGCUUCGACGGGUUCAGAAGGCUCUGAGAUUGGACUUGGUGGCGCUGAGCAGCCUGGUGGACGUGUUUCGGGAGCAGGAGCUGCAGCAGGGGGAGCAUGUGAUGGAUGUAGUGGAGGUGAUUCACGGCCUGACUGCCAUGUACGAGAGGCUGGAGGAGCAGAGGUCCAUUCUGGUCAACAUCCCCCUCUGCGUUGAUAUGUGCCUCAACUGGCUGCUCAAUGUUUAUGACAGUGCACGAAACGGCAAAAUGCGAGUUCUCAGCUUCAAAAUGGGACUGGUGAGCUUGUGCAACGCAGACGUCCAGGAGAAGUACAAAUACUUGUUCCAUCAGGUGUCCGGUCCUGGAGGCUUGACUGACCAGCGUCACCUCAGCCUGCUGCUACAUGAAGCCAUCCAGAUCCCCCGCCAGCUGGGCGAAGUCGCAGCUUUCGGCGGCAGCAACACGGAGCCAAGCGUCCGGAGCUGCUUCCGCAUGGCCCCUGGGAAGCCUGCCAUUGAGGUGUCUCAUUUCCUGGAAUGGAUGAGCCUCGAGCCCCAGUCGAUGGUUUGGCUGCCUGUCCUGCACCGUGUAGCUGCUGCAGAGUCCACCAAGCAUCAGGCCAAAUGCUACGUCUGCAAACAAUGCCCCAUUAAGGGUUUCAGGUAUCGCAGUUUGAAGCAGUUCAAUGUGGACAUCUGCCAGACAUGUUUUCUAACCGGCCGCACAAGCAAGGGCAAGAAGCUGCACUACCCCAUCAUGGAGUACUACACCCCAACAACCUCGGGAGAGAAGAUGAGGGACUUCGCUAAGACUCUGAAGAACAAGUUCAGGUCAAAGCAGUACUUUACAAAGCACCCGCAGAGAGGUUACCUGCCUGUGCAAUCUGUACUGGAAGCUGAAAGCUCAGAGACCCCUUGCUCCUCACCCAGGCUGCCCCAUGCAGACACACACAGCAGGAUUGAACACUACGCCAGCAGAUUGGCAGAAAUGGAAAACCAGAAUUGCUCAUUCUUCACGGAUAGCCUGUCUCCAGACGAGAGCCUGGAUGAAGAUCAGUACCUCCUGCGUCACUCCAGCCCAGCCCUGGACCACGAUUCACCCUGCGGGCAGCACAUGCUGCUGGCUCACCUGGAGCAUCAGGACAAGGAGCAGCUCCAAUGCACCCUGGCCCGCCUGGAGAACGAGAACAGGGUGCUGCAGAGCGAGUACAGGCGACUCAAGUGGAAACACGAAGAGGCAGCGGCGCUUCCCAUGCUAACGGAGGCCGGUGAGGGCGGCCCCGGGUCGCCCACAGCGGGAGGGGCGCAGGAUGAGGAGCUGCUGGCGGAGGCGCGGGUGCUGCGGCAGCACAAAACGCGCCUGGAGACCCGGAUGCAGAUCCUGGAGGACCACAACAAACAGCUGGAGUCGCAGCUGCGCCGACUCAGGGAGCUACUGCUACAGCCCAAAGAUGAUUCGGAGGCGAACGGAUCCGAGCUGUCGACGCUCUCCUCUCCGGUGUCGGGAGGCGGGCACCAAGGGGAGCCGCCCAGCAGGGAGACGACCGACACCGAGGCAGCGGGAGAUGAUUUGGAGCGUGAGCAGGACACCGUGCUGCAGCUUCAGGAGGUCAUCGAACAGCUGAGAAACGUCUUCCCCUCCGAGCCGGGCACCACAUCACACAUCUAGCCCUGUGAGGGGCCUACAGAAGCAGAAUGGCAGCCUGAAACGAGGCACGAGGUCAGGCGGCGACGCGUCAGACCCAGCGACUGCCACGGCGACGCCGCCAUUAAGAACUAACCCUCAUCCGGAUCGCUGUGCACUAAAAGCCGUUCUCAUGCAAACUGCCAGAGGCUCACGCUGACGCCCUUUUUGGCCAGGCUGCACUUCAUAAGCUCAGUGACGGCAUGCUAAGGAGCCAGGAGGAAAAUAAUGUUAGCAGAAGGUCAGGGGGUAAAAAAACAACAACAAAAAAAAACGAAAUGCCCAACCAAGACACUGUGCUUACCAGUAUUUGUGUAGUCGUUCAGAGGUGUGAAGCUUUAUAUCAGAUCAGAGCACAAAGUCCAGAAGAAGAACUGGAAAAAUACAAAACUGAAGGGGAAGGAGGAUCACUUGUUUUAGGGCCGUGAUAGACAGAAGAAAAUGAGUACAUUUCAAAGAAAAGAAAAAAAAAGAUUAAUCUCAGAAAUUUUCAACUUCUCAAACUCAGAAAUUUCCAAAAAAAAAUUUUUUACAUUUCAGAGAUCAAUCUCAGAAUUGCUGAGUUCUUUUAUUGGAAAGCUUUGACUUUUCAAACUCAUAUUUCUGUUGUUUUUCAAGAAAAUUUCUGAGACGAAUUUCUGAGUUUUGUCUUGCAAAUUUUUGACUUUUCAAAAUCAAAAAUCUUUUCCGAGGCUUUUCUCAGAAAUGUACUCCUCCUCUUUCUCUCUCCAUCAUGGCUCUAACACGCCAUCGUACUUGCGUGUUUUUUAUGUUUGAAUGUGUUAUCAUGGUUUAGUUUUCAGAUUUUGUUAAUCACAUCAGGGCUCUGCUGACUGAUUUCAUAUCACUAGGAGAUGCAGAUUGGAGCUGGCAGCCCCCAGAAGAGCAGUUUUGUUUUUGUUUGUUUUGUUUUUUUGUGAGAAUGGUGCAUCAUCAUCAGUUGAAUCCAUGAUUUAUUAAAGACUGCCCGAAGUGCCCGCCAGCACAGCGCCUCUGUUUGCACACGCUGAAAAUCGCUCCUCACUCUGCUUGUCGCUCUCGUCUCCUGCCUCUCCUAACGGAGCCCUUCACACAUUUGCUGCUAUACAUUCUCAUUCAGAUUCAACCUGCACUCUGCUUAAAUACACAAAGAGCCUCUGCAUGAUCAAUAACGCGCUGUGCAGAAACACACGCACUUUCAUAAACCUGGAGAUUGAUUUAUUUUUCCCCCCCAAAAUCAUUCAGGCAAAUUAGGUGUUCUGAGCCCAUUUUGUAUUGUUCCUGGAACGCUGCGCUGUUGAGGAAAUGUAUGCCGAUCAGUAUCAGCAUGCAUGCGUCCUCCCAGGGAUCUUAUUGUUUUCAUGCUGUGUGAAGAGAAACUGACAGAAGGAGCUCCAGGCUGAAGCCCUCCCUCUCUCUACUUGGCCAAUUUCAAACACAACAGGGGUCCAGAUGAGGCUGACCGCCAUGACGCACUCCGGCAGCAUCAUUAUCCACAAUGAUCUUUUCAUUCUAUGUAGUUUUAAAAUACUGAUCGCUCUGGAUUGUGCAUUUAUUAUUUCCAUAUAGAAAAGGUUGUGUGAUCAGGAGAGAUGACUUUAUUAUUUAUAAGCCUCAUCAGAGUAUUUAUAUCCCUCCAACUUAUUCAUAUUGGCAGCAAACAAAAAGUGGCUUAUUGGGAAUUUGUGUGAUGGACCAACAGAAAAUAGUGCACAAUUAUGAAGUAGGAGGAAAUAAGUUGGGCUUUUUUUUCCCGAUUAUAAAUGAAAAUUGUCACAUGCAUAUGUUAAAAUCACCCCUUUUAAAUCCAUAAUACGUAUUUUUCGUUACGUUUGAAGAAUGAAGAAGCAAACUUCUUCAUUGCGUUGUGACCUGAGGCAGUUGAGGCGACCGCUAACCAGAUGCUAAUAUACUCUUGCUUUUUGUAACGUCCGUCAUGGGAAAAUGUAAAUUUAUCACAAGUUAACUGGACGACGUUCAUUUUCGCCACGGACUUGCGUGUAUUCAAUCAAGCCCCAAAAAACCUGAAAAUUAGAAAACUUUCUUUUAGUACAGCUAACAUGCUAAAUCUGUACUAGGGCCGUUACAGGGGGAAACAACAGUAGUACAUUUCUGCAAAAAUCUCAGAAAUUUCCUAGAAAAAAAAGGAAAUUUGUAAUGUUUAUAUAAAAAUUUUUCUCCAAAAAGACAUGGAAAUUUUUGGAAAAUUUCUGAUUAAUCACAAAAUUUCUCAGUAGUUGGUGGGAAUUAACUCCUUUUUCUCUAUCUACAAAGCCCUGACGUACCGCAGUGAAAAUCUUGAUUUUACGUUGUUUUUUUGACCCAUUAUUACUUUUGAGUCAACAAUUUUGGCCCACAUGGAAAAAGGUUUGGACUCCCCUGCUUUAGACAGUCAAAUCAUAUCAGAAAGUCUUCAAGUCCAACACUGUAGAAUAAGAAUCUGUAGGAAAAAACUAAAAUUGCAGUUUAAAGACGCUCUCAAUCUAAUCUGAUUAGUAGCUGAUGAAGCAGAGAACAAGAGGCGCUACUUUGUGUUUGACUUUCACAUCAAAUCCCAAUAAAAUCCACAGAACCUUUUAGUUUUUAAGUGACAAGAUGUGAAAAGUUGAGAGGGUGAGAUUGCUUUUUCAAGGCGCUGUAAGUUUCCUGUAAACACGAUUAAUGCCUUAAAAACCUGAAGUGAGUCGGUGUGACGGAGGUUGGUUCUUCUGAACUGUUUUUCAUUUUCAGGACAGGAGGUUGCAUCAGAUGUUUGUGUGUCAGUGUUUGCAAAGGCCUUGCUGCUGAUUGAAAGUGAUGGGACAAGUGGGGAUCGCAGCGUAGCUGAGCACGCAGUCAAACCUGCGACGCUCCGAGGGACCGCAGACCCGAAAGACAUGAAAGGAGGGGAGAAAAAACUAAAACAAAAAGAAUCAUUCCGUUUAUGGCUGGAGGGCCGGUGGGAGAGAUCCACUUUGAUGUGUGAACGAAGCCGGAGCGAAAUGAAUCCACUGCAUUUGUCCAGGACGGACGGAGACAUUCGUGUUGCAGCUGCAGGAGCUCCAACCUCACAAACACGAACCUGAAACCUGAAACCUGUCUGCUGCACUCAUUAUGUUGUCGGACCCCAGGCUCAGCACUCACGUUUGACACCGUCCUCCUCGGUGCCUGUUAGUUUUGAUACUGUUGCUAGGGAACUAUCCCCAAGGACGCAGCUAGAUGGAUGGUUGAUGUGCAGUUCAUAUUACAAAUGCUAAUGGCCUUAAGGGAAGCAAGAGAAAGCUCCUUGUUUCCCAAACACAAGCCACCAUUUCUCCACCUCCACUGGAGCCCGGUGCUGAGGGAAGACAUUAUCGUUACCGAAAUCUUUUCUUUCUUUCUUUGUGCAUCGGCGCAGCUUCAGAGAACAAUGAGCAGAAGCCAUGUUUACUCAUUGUGAUUUAUCUCUGGGUAUUUAUGCAUCUCAUUAAACAAUGAUUACCCAUCACACACGUCAAGAUGCACAAAAAACAUGUAGCAGCGACAAACUGUGAAAAACACGCGGAGGCAUUCAGAACAUGUCAGCUGUUAUUUAUCUUAGUAUCAUAGCGACAUGGCAGUUACAAGACAGACAAGAAAUGGAUAUUUAAUGAAGUUACACCGCUUGUUAGAGAUUGUUUAGAGCGACUCAGACACGGGGAAUCCAGUUACUACGACAACAAUCAGCAUAAUCAGCCGCCAUGCAGCAGAAAUCAAUCAACGAAUUACAAAACGUUUGACGCUGCGUUUCGUUCAGCUUGGAAGUUGAAAUUUGGGUGUGGAAAUGACGCUUCACUCCAUCCUGCUACAACUGCUAAUGUAGGGCGUCCGCCCAUCCUCAACAUCAAUUCAAGGUUUUAAAUUUAUGUUUCCAAAAUUAAGGCCUUAAAAUGUCUUCAGUUCAUUUUAAAACAUCUAAGUUGGCCUUAAAUACGUUAAUCACAGGUCUUAAUUUAUUUACGUUUGUAUUUAUUUUUCUCCUGAAUCGCUUCCGGAUAUUUUCUUUAUGUUCUGUGACUCUGUGAUACACGUGUCAAACUCAUGGCCCGGGGGCCGAGUCCGGCCCGCUGUAGCUAUUUAUGUGGCCCUUUGGACUCCAGAGGGACACAUAAAUAAAACCUUUAACAUAACAGUUUUGUGCUUAAAUUUUAUUUUAUCAAUCAAACCAAAUCACUUUUUAAAUAUGUACAAUGUUAAAUUUCAUUAGUUGCUCUAGUUUGAGUUUCCACCAUCAUGGAAAAUCAUCAGAUCUCUGCACUUUUUUACGAUAACGCUUAAUUAUGAGUUUAUUGAAAAUUUUCCUACAAAAUGGUCAAAAAUUAUGAGUUUAUUGAAAAUUUGUGUGAUACUAACUCCCACCUGCAGGCGGCAGUAUUUCUAAUGAACACUAUAUUACUAUUAUAUUAAGACUCAAAAACACAAAAAUACUUGAGUUUCAGUUUGAAUUGUGCAGAGGUGGAAGAUCUACCGUCAUUACAUUUCCAAAUAAAUCAGAUCCUGAUAUUAGAAAUAACAGAACAAAUCGUGACUUGGUUGAUUUGAUUGUUGUUGUUUUUUGUUUUCUUUUUUCAGUUGAAAGUUUAACUUUUGGGCAUUUUGGGUUAUUUUUCUAAACUUACAGCAUAUAAAUUUCUACUUUAAAGUGCAAAAGGAACACAUCAUCAAACUUUUCUAACUUCCUACAACAGCUAGUUGUACUUCAAUACUCUAGUUACCAUAAAUAAACAGGAACAGAUUCAGCUUUGGUAUUUCUUAUCUCUAUCCUGUUGGUUCUAGUUUCUAGUGCAAACCCUUUAUUAGACUUGAAAUAAGACAAAACUAACUUACAAGUAACUUUUCAGGAUGCUAUAAGAGUUUUAAGUAAAUAAUUCCUUAAUGUUGAUGAAGAACUUCAAGUUCCACUGGCAGAUUAUUUCAUUUAUAAUAAAACAUUUUCUCAUGUUGAAAGUGAAAUAAUCUGCCAAUAGUUCUGGUACUUUAAGUAAUUAUUGGCUUAGAAACGUUACUUGUUAGUUUGUCUUAUUUCAAGAUAUUUGCAUUUGAAACUAGACCAAAGAUUCCUGGUAACGUUGUGUUUUAGUUACAUUAUGCUACAGACACAUAAUGUUUCUUUCUCCACCUGAGAGAAAACACGAUGAUCUGCUGCAUUUUUACUUAUAUUUACAAACUUUUUCUAUUUUAUCUGACCCGUAUCACCUCUACAGACACGCCAACUAACGCUCCAUGUUGCAUGACGGAAACAAAAAACAAAAUCAAGCUCACAUGCGUCAUCAUCAUCAUCAUCAUCAUCACUCUUCGGCCUGAUUCCUCUCUGGUCUGAACACGUUUGUUCAGACUUCACGUAUGUUGUCUAACAUGCAACAGGAUCAUGCAUCACGCAAGUUUCUCCUCACAGAAAAUCCCUGGUUCACGCAGGUGAAAUUAGGUUUUCUUUUGUUUAACUCACCACUAAUAUACCUCAUUAAUCACCUUGAAGUUCAUUGUUUAACGGUUUUGAUUUCCUGUUGUCGUCCAACACUUUGUCCUGGGAGUUUUUAAUCUGUGAGAGGUUUUCUGAGGAGAGGCUUUUUACUGUAAUAACAAGUGGGUUACUGGCUGCUUUCUACUCUUUGUGUACAGAAAUAAAACUUUGUAUUUGGCA